ACCCCCUCUAUAAUUUUCAUAACGCUGAGUACCCCUCAUAAAAAACGCUGAGUACCCCUCAUAACUACAUAAAAAAAAUGUAGUUAAUGAUUUUCACGCUUUCAUCCAGAACUUUCUGUAGAUCAGCGGGCAUCUUACGUGUUGCCAAAGCCUCUCUGUGUAUGCAACAAUGUGUGGAUAUGACAUUUGGAGCAACAUUUUGAAUUCUUGCAACGAGUCCUUUAUUAAUUCCGACCAUACUUUUUGCUCCAUCUGUGCUUAUUCCAACACAUCUAUUCCAAUCAAUUUUGUUCUCUUGCAUAAAUGUAUUCAUAACAUUAAAGAUAUCUUCUCCUGUUGUGAUAUUCCUACGUGAUCUAACUACCAAACUCCGGUGCAACGCGUACCCCCACCAAACUCUUCCCGUACCCCUGGGGGUACGCGUACCACACUUUGGGAAACACUGUUUUAAAGUGUUGGGAGGGUGAAUCUGAUUAAUUUCCAGUUAAUUUCAGAAUUUUGUUCUCAUUGCCUUACAGAGAAAAAAAAGACAAAUUGAGACUUGAUUUUAACUUCUGUCCAGCCCUUAUUUAUCAGUCAGUCAGUCAGUCUUUCUGUCUUUCUUUCUUUCUUUCUUUCUUUCUCCCUUCCUUCCUUCCUUCCUUCCUUUCUCCCCUUCUUCCCUUUCUUUCUUUGUUUCCUUGAUCUAACCAAUGAAGGCACUUUCAGAGAAGCAGAGCUUGAAAUAUUUGAUUAAACUGUUGAUUUAUGCAAAGUAGCAGUUUUAAACUACCUGUGAUGCUUUUGUUUCCAUGAUUUACAUAAAGCUGUCAUCAGUGACAAUUAAAUAUAAUCAGCCUGAUACCACAAGAUAAUAUGUUGUUGUUGUUUUCAUUUGCGCUCCUGUGUUUGUUUGAAAAAGAUUGGGUGUAAUUGGUAAUUGGUGUAGUUAACACUUUACCUGUCUUGUAGUGAUCCAGAUUAGCAAAACAGGUGGUAUUUCAGGGGUUGGAGCGUUGGUGCCCUCUCGUGGGCACAAAGUGAAACUUGCUUUUACAAAGUUUAAUAUGGAUGCAAUCCUUACUCUUGAUUGCUGUACUGAGAGGCAGCUAUUAACUUUUCCAUCAAUUUUCUGGGGGUCAUAGGUUACAGCUAAAUAGCUUUGGGCACUAGCUGAUAGUUCCCUGCCAUCUAUUGCAAGUCUUUUUUAUUGCUACAAUUAAAAUAAAUGUAUUUUUCAGAUAGAGGUACUGGAAAAGUAUUCUAUGAUAAAAGCAACUCUUAAAUGCUCUAGCACAGGGGUCCUAGACCUUGGCAACUUUAAUCCUGGAGGACUUCAACUCCCAGAAUUCCCCAGCCAGCAAUUCUGGGAGUUGAAGUCCAUCAGGCUUAAAGUUGCCAAGGUUGGAGACCCUUGCUCUAGCAUAAGUAAGGGCUUCACCUAUAAAGAGCUUAGUUUUAUGUGCUAGUGCUUGCAUGUUAUAUACUUUUUUUAAAGGGCUUAUAGAGGAAUUUGCAAAAUCAUUCACAGUCCAUAGUUAGUCAACCCUUUUCUUACUUCAACUUAACUGCUCCUAAAAGUUGUACAAGUUGCUAAGAUCUCUAGAAAUAGUCAGGCUAAACAUUUGAGAAAAAAAGAAAACAGGAAAUUACUGUUUAAGGUACUUUUCACUUCAGAAACAUAACCAGCUUUUGGGCUAAUAGCCUUGUGCUAUUAAUAUCUUUCACUAAGUCAGUGUUUCUUUCAGAUGUGUGGACUUCAGUUCCCAGAAUUCCCCAGUCAGCAGGCCCAUACAAAGUUUCUGAGACUGGCUUAAGACUGCUCUUAAGUUCUCUACCUGCCUGAGCCUCGGCCCUCUCAGUUUUACCUCGAGUGUCUGUCCAAACUAAUUUUCCCUCUUGCCUUCUGGCUUCACCCAGCAAUGACGUUUUCUUCCAGAAUUCUCUCUCUUUCUUGGUGCAUCACGCACCUGUUGAUGCACGAGUGAAGGUUAUGGAUGAUUCUCCUGGAAGGCUUUGGAAAAAAAAUAUAUAUCUUAAAUUCAAGAAGGGGAAAGCUUUUGACAUGUACUAAGCAUGACGGGAUCGUAUUACCUCUAGUACCGGAGGUGGUUGCUGAGAAGCGUAAGUGGUGUGUUCAUUCGUGAGCUUCUCGGAGCAAGUGGAACCUGGAUUAAAUGAGGCUUCUUCUUUUUUUUCUUAAAAAAUGUUUUUCUAACGAAUGCUUCUCCGCCAAACUUUUGUUUUCUCUUUAGCUGCCUUCCUUUGAAGUGAACGGAGGAGGCCCCAGGAGCAUGUGAAGGCAGUCGGCGGAGCUGUCAAACCACAUCCCUGCCUUUGUCUCCUGAAACUGUUGGCCCUGUCCUAGUGCGUCGGUCCUGCCUUUCUUCACUCCCCUUCGGCUGAUCCAUGAGUGGCAGCUGGACCCAAAGAUUUCAUAGCUGGCGGUUUCACCUUCUUGCAUGCCCAUCGCAAGAGCUAAGCAUCGACUCUGUCCGCCAUUUUGCCUGCUGAUAGAAGCACGUGGGCUCAGGUCUCCCUUGCAGCCGGCUCUGGGGUGAACUGUACUAGGGCAGGGAUUGAAAAGGAAGAGGCCGUUUGGAAGGGGAAACUUUCUCCUGAAGCACCUUCCCCUCGACGCUGCACGUUUUUAAUUUAGCUGUAGGAGAACAUUCAGAGACCCACCCACCCACAAAGAAAAACAGUUUGGAAAGUUUGAUCUGGAGAAGAGGGCUUAGGGAUUAACUGGAGUCUCGUGGGAAUGAGCAAUGACGGAGAUCAUGGUUGAUGCCAGCAAGGAGCACAAGGGACCAGGGUCUCGGUCGCAGGAAACAGCGGGGCAAAAACCCAGCAGUCGCAUCCCACUACUGAAGAGGCUCUCGGCCACGAGGGACGUUUGGGAGCUUCUGGAUGUCCAGCUGGAGCAAGUCAAGAGGCUGCUCUCGUCGCGCCAACCAGGGGCAUUCAUCGUUGCUAGAAAUGGGAAGGACGAUGCCAAGACCCUCUUCCUCCGGUUACCCGAAAGUGACAAUAAGGUUGUUGACCUUUUCCUUCUUGAAGACAAUCCAGCCCUUCACCUUAAAGGUUCUCACCUGUAUUUCAGAAACCUUUUGGAACUGCUCGGCUUUCACUUUGUGAGCAGGGAUAUCCUGCCCUGCUUGCUCAGGAUCCCGCAUGCUUUUCACCUUCCUGGCAGAGCUGAUUUAGAUGCAGUUGCCACCUUGAGCCCACCGUUCUGGCCGAUGCCUCUCAAACCUACCAACGGCCCGGCCUCAGACGACGCAAAAGCCGGCUGCAUGGAACCCAACGGGGACCUGCUGAAAACCAAGCAGCCCUCCUGCUCCAUCCGCGUGACGUCCGAGGACCCCGCCCUGUGCAUCGUGAACCCCCUCUUCUUCUCUGUGCACAGCGACAUCGAAUGGCUCGACUUGGCCCCCGGCCUCUACCACUCGAUACGCAGGCGGGGGUCCCAGCGGUUCGCCAAUGGCUCGGCCAGGCAAGAAGCCCCAGUUAGUGUGGAACAUCUCAAAUCUCUGGAAGAGAAAGAGAAGACGGGGAAAGAGCCUCCGCCCUGCUUAGCUUCUGUGCAAGGGGAUUUCCUUCCUUGCACACCAUCCUGGGAGAGUUCGGAAACCGAGGCCCAGCCUCCGUGGUCUCCCACCGUGUCCCAGAAGGAGACCCGCGCUCCCCACCGCGUUUCCUGGGUGGAAGGGAUCUCGGCUGAGGCUUUUCCCUGCUUGAAAAAGGCCCGCUCCGAGUCCUUGUUGUUGAACGACUCCUUGUUGCUGCCUCUCAUCCCGGAAUUGGAUUCGCUCUCCAUCAGCAGCGUGGAGGACGAGGGCGAGGGCCCUCCUACCACCCCUUCACCUCAGAAGAGGCGGCGCCCCUCCUCCGUCACCUUCACCCACAAGGUGCUCCACCGUCUCUCGGCCAUGAGCAGUGCCUUCACGGGCUUCCUCUCGCCCGAGCGCCGGGUGGCCAAGCGGGUCCAGGAGCUGGUCCAGGAGCCCACGUCGGACGUGGGGGGCCUGGUGCAGAACUUUGUGGAGCACAUCCAGCGAGGAGCCGGGUCCUGGCAUCCCACCAGCACCGACAUGCUGCAGGAGAUACGGCUUAUGAUCAGCAACCUGAAGGGGUACCUGGUCGAAAGUUCGGAUCUGCGCGCCACCUACUGCGAAUAUGGUGACGCCGAGGAACUGGAUCUCGGUUCCGUGAUGGAAGAUGCCCUCUACAAAUGCAUCCUGAAGCCACUGAGAGAGAUGAUUUAUGCCCAGUUGCUGGACUUCCACACCCGGGACGGGUCUCUGAACCGUUUGCGUGAGAAUCAGCGGAUCUUGAGCCAGCAAAGCUUGGAAGAGCUUGGCGUGGCAGCCGGGGUGCCCGACGCGGCUUGCCUGGAGCGUAUCCAGGCCAAGCUGAGUCUCCUGCACCAGGCCUACUCGCCCAAGAAGAAGGAGACUCAGAUGCUGAAGGUCUGCAAGAUGCUUUACGAGGCCAUGAACCACCAUUGCGAGAAGGCAGAGCCGUUUGGUGCCGAUGACUUCCUGCCCGUCCUCAUCUACAUGCUGGUGCGCUGCGAUGUGGUGUCCGUACAGUUGGAUGUGGAGUACAUGAUGGAGCUGAUGGAUCCCAGUCAGAUGCAGGGAGAAGCUGGCUACUACCUCACCACCUGGUUCGGGGCUCUCUACCACAUCGAAAACUUCCAAGCGCCUUUUACCCUCACCAGGCAGAUCAGCAUGGAGGCCCAGCACUCCAUCCAUCAGUGGCAUCGACGCCGCACCAUCCAUCACCACCAUCGCCGCAAUGUGCAGCACAUCUUCUACGUCUCCUUCCACGAACCCUUCAACAACCAGAAGACCAUCUCCGUCCCUCCCGACAUGACCACGGCGUUGGUCUGCGCAGCCUGUGCGGUGAAGUAUGGCGUCUCCGACGCUGCCGCCUACGGCCUUUUUUUGGUAUCGGACAACUCCGCUCAACUCUUAACAGAAGACAGCUGCCCGCAGAAGAUCCGUGGAGACCUUCUGCAAAGAGAAGGCAGCAGUGUCAAUUUUGUUUACAAGCUCAAAAAUAGCCCCCCGACUGUCUCUGGUUCCGGCCUGCUUCAGGAGGCUGAGACCAACGAGCCUCUUGAAAAGGUGGGGAUGGAGCAGUUGGAUGGGGAUUGAUUAUGGCCACGCACCUUCCUUGUCUUCUCCAGCUUGGAUGAAGUUUCCAAGUGGGCCCAAAUCCAGGAAAAGGCUGCGUUUCUAGGGAUUAGAUUAGACUACGACUGGCUUAAUGUCAGACCUCCCUCAGCUUGAGUCUCUAAGAAAGAACAUUCCUUAAUAUAUAUAUAUUUUUACAAAGGUAGAGUUUAACUAGAUGUCAAGCGAAGUUACAAGCAUUGCAAAGCCAGAACUGAAAAUCGCGCACCAAAAUCCCCAAAUCUAACUUUCCUUUCUUUACAUACCUCCCCAUGCUGACACCCCCACCAUCCCCCAAGUAUCCAAUCAAAUUCAAAGAAGGUAUUUCCAGAACGGUAACUUUGAUACGCAGCUGUAUUCCAUUCCCCAGCCGGUUGACCUUGAAACCUGGGGAGAAUGCAGUCAACUUUUUGUUCUCCUUGAAUCCUCCCCCACUCCCAUGCAGCCCACCCACCCACCCCGCCCGCCCACUCCGCUCCCAGAGUUCAUGGCAGUCUGGCACCGAGUGAUAGCAAAAGGUGAGCCUGAAGUGGCAGCUGACAUGAGGACUACAGAGAAGAAAUCUCUUGAGCAGAGGAACUCGAAGUGCUAAAAGUGCUCACAUUGGCAGUGAUUGUCGUCGUCCCUAAAACCAGUAACGGGACAGGAAUGGGCCAUUGUUAAAGUUGUUCCUCCUGGUUCCCACCCACCCAAAAGGGGAGGAGCCAGCCUAACAGGAACCGGUCCAGAAGAACUGGGAGAAAAUUGCAAUCUGCAUCACCAGCUCCAGGCUGUGAAGGUCUCCAACUUUCAGGCGUAACUUCCUUCUCUCCCCUUUUGCUCAACCCUGAUCAGCUUCUGCAGAGUUGGCCCCGUGCCUCCAAUCGUAGAAGCAGAGUACAUUUCGCUACACGCUCCCUGGGGCUCUCUGGAAGACUUUUUCGCCCACCCAAGACAGACUUUAUCAAGUGGAUUCUGGAAACGUACUGGUUUAAUUUUACAUGUCACCUUUUAAAAUAUGUCCUUUUCUGA